UUUGUUUCCUUUUCAAAGUGACAAGAAGCUAACAAGAAGUAACGCGUUUUAGCUCUUGCAAUUUUUUCAGUUUAUCCGAACAGUUUGUUGUACCUGCGUCUGCAGUAAAAUUAUUUUGAUCGUACAUUAUUUGUUAUAUCGUAUGUCCAUCCAGAAUUUAAACACAUUUGACCCGUUUGCUGAUGCAAGUAAGGGCUCUGAUGAUAAUGUGCAAGACGGUCUCGUGCACAUAAGAAUACAGCAACGAAAUGGUCGCAAAACAUUAACAACGGUGCAAGGAUUAUCUGCGGAAUAUGACUUGAAAAAAAUCGUUCGGGCAUGUAAGAAAGAGUUUGCAUGUAACGGCACAGUAAUUGAGCACCCAGAAUACGGUGAAGUCUUACAGUUACAGGGCGAUCAGCGUGAAAACAUUUGUCAGUGGCUUACUAAAUCCGGUCUAGCAAAAUCGGAUCAAUUGAAAGUUCAUGGUUUCUAAGCGUAUUUAAACUGAACAACAUUAGAUCAAUAAACUCCAUGAACGUUUAUCAUUAACAACACUAUUCCUCAUAAUCAAAUCGAAACAUUAAAAAAAUAAUAAUUUAAAAAUUUAAAAAAAUUAAAUAAAAAUCGAACAUCCCCUAGCAAAAAAUCAAUAGAAUUAUAAUCCGAGCUAAUAAUUGCAUAAGCGGACACACCAUUUGUCAGUGCUAUGUCAAUAAUGCAAAAAAAAUCUCAUUGAUUUUUGGUUAUCAUGAGCACACACAAUUUUGAUAAUAGACUAAACACAAACAAACACAUACACAGACACUUUAAUGUAAUGUUGUAGCUAUGAAAAAUCUUGUUCCAAUGAUGUAGAAUUUUUACAGACACACAAAAAGAAAGAAUAAAAACUUAAAAACAAAA